AUGGAGCGAGCCAAGCUUUUGCAGCAGAAGCAAUCCCAUGUAUAUCAGACGGCACCACCAACACUAGGACCUUGCGCAACGAAGCCAAAUGCCUACUGGCAGCCAACACAACUGCUGACAGAAAAGGAGCAGAAAGCGGUUGCGAUUCGAUUCGCACAGCAGUCCAGGGUGCGCAUCAGACUAAAAACUGGUGAACAAGGUUGCGGCCACAACUUCCUCUUUGCUGCGAAGGCGUGCCUGUCUGGGCAUUGUGAUCCCUGUGCGAUGGGAGGCAUCACUUGCGUCUUCAAGUCCUGGGAGUCGUGGAGCUCCUGCUCCCAAGCGUGCGAAGGAGGUGUGGAGGAGCGCAAACGUGGGGUUACUGAGGGCGUUGCUAGCUCACACGGCGGGGGCUGCGAUGGUGCCUUGGUGACUGUGCGGUCCUGCAACACGCACCGCUGUGGGCAGAGCUGCCUGCCGGUCGACUGCAAGUGGGGCAAGUGGAGCGAAUGGAGUGCUUGCUCCAAGUGCGCUGGACAGAAGACGAGACAUCGCCGGGUGGUCAGGGUCCCCGAGUGUGGCGGCCGGCGCUGCAAGGAGGGCGAUGCCGAGGAGAUUGCAAAGUGUCCCCGGAAUUGUCAUGGAGAGCCAAUUUGCAUGUGGUCCGACUGGAGCACCUUCAGCAAGUGCACCGUGAGUUGCGGUCUUGGUCGCAAAAAGCGCUCUCGGCGUCUGCAAGUGGUUCACACCACACCACAGUUGGAAGCUGCGUACGAGUCGCUGGAGCGGCUGGAUGGCCAUGUGCAGAAGCUUGAGAGCAAGCGGCUCAAGAUCCGAUUCCUGGCCUUCGUGGCCGGCCCAUCAGCAAUGCUAAUGGUCUUCGCGGCAAUGAGGGUUUGGUCGCGAUCUGCGCGUGAGGACUCGGCUGAGCGCGCUAGUGUCCUUGAGAUGUCGGAGAGCCUUGUAGAGAACGCAGAGCAGCACACAUCCUUCGAUGCACUGUAA